UUGUUAUCGUUAAUCAAAAUUUUCUCAGGUACGCUUGUCUACUACGAUGAUGAGCCAUGGAUUGAUACUUCCACAAAAUUCUCCAAAUAUCGAGAACAAGAGCUCAUUAAAAAUCCAGCCUAUGUUUUACGCCUUGGCGAGGCACUACAAGUACUGAGAAGAACAGUGGAGCGAUAUCCUUUGGAUCAAAUUGCUUUAUCGUUUAAUGGUGGGAAAGACUGUACGGUCCUGCUCCAUUUGUUUCGGCUAGUAGUUGAUGAAAUGUUCGGUCCAGAAGUGGAGAUUCAGGGUUUUCACAUUGUUUGCGAUGAUCACUUCCCAGAAACUACUCAAUUCAUCAUAGAUGCCGCAAGAAAUUACAAUAUGGUUAUGAGUGAAUAUCCUGGUCCUCUUAAAGCAGGACUGAAGUUGAUGAAGAAAGAACAACCAAAUGUGGUCGCUGUAUUGUUGGGCAGCAGAGCAAGCGAUCCUCGUGGGAAUCGUAUGAGGCUAGUUCUCUUCUUUUAUCUGUCGCAUAUUGAGUGGACUGAUGAGGACUGGCCAAAAAUCCUGCGUGUCUGUCCAGUAUUACUGUGGUCCUACCACGAUGUGUGGUCAUUGCUGCGAGGUUUAUGUGUGCCGUACUGUUCGUUAUAUGAUAUGGGAUAUACUUCAUUAGGUGGACGAACCACCACUGUAAAAAAUCCAUUGUUGAAAAUUGUUGAAAAGGAUGGUGUGGAGAGGUGA